UUUUAUGAGCGACGAAUCAGAAAGUCUUGAAUUUCCGAAUGCUCCCUUUUAUAGUUUUGUACUUUCAUAAUAUAUCUCGAAUGUAGAAUGUAACAGUGGGAUUAACAUUAUCAUUAACCAAAUUAUGUGCAAGCAAGUGUAGAUUAUUCAAACCAGAUCUUGGAGUAAAAUUGAAUGAGAAUGAUGUUCAAUGCAUUUGUAAUAAAUACAUGUUAAUAAUAUACUUAAGAAAAUUGCGCUGCAUCCAUAAACAAUAAUUACUCAACAUUCUCAAAUUAAUUAAAAGAGUCUAUUAAUUUCGAGGAUUCAUUAGGAGCUUUCGAAUAAGAGGAAUGAUACCUUAAAAAAGAAUCAAUAUUAAUAACAAAAUAUAAUAUUUUAAAUAGGC